CACACUUCACACACACGCGCGCUCCGUGUCAGCGGGUGAUGAGGAGAAGAGUCCGCGGCUGGAGUCAUUUCCUGUACGGUCAAGUUGAAGUGGAGCCGCGUGGGACGCGUCUUCUCCAAAGUGCCGCACGGAGCAGCGGAAAGACGCAAACGGAUCCGUUCAUUAGUUUUGCUUUUCUUUUUUGUGUUUUUGGAGGAAAUAUCUGAUGUUUUGUGGACUUUCGCCUCCUCUGGUGCUCGGAUGGAAUGUUUGUCUGUGACCGGAUUACCGCGCCUCUAAGCUCCGGUUCUCCCAGAGAGGCGGUGAUUCCAGCGGGGAGCUAUCCCUCAGCGGCCGCCCCCUGCGCCUCCUCUCCGGCCUCCUCCGAGCUCCAGCAGUCGUUCAUAUGAGCGCAGCGUACAGUCCGUCCUUCAUGGUGAUGCAGCGGCCACUCGGAAGCACCACCGCCUUCAGCAUCGACUCCCUGAUCGGGGGGCCCCCGCAGCCCAGCCCGGGACACUUCGUCUACACCGGGUACCCGAUGUUCAUGCCGUACCGGUCGGUGGUGCUCCAGCCACCCCCUCCGCCGCCCCCGGCCCUGCAGCAGGCGCUCCCCGCCGGUCACCACGCGCACCCACAGAUCCCAAGCCUGCAGAGCGGCUUCUGCUCCAGCCUGGCGCAGGGCCUGACGCAGGGCAUGGCGCUCACAUCCACGCUCAUGGCGUCGCUUCCCGGCGGCUUCUCUCCGUCCCAACAGCACCAGGAGGCGGCCAGGAAGUUCGGCUCUCAGGCGCUGCACGCGGUCUUCGACAAAACUCAGGAGCUGCGGCUGGAAGCGGAGGACGGCAAGAGUUUCCUGCCGGGGAAAGCGUCCACACUGUCGGCUUUCCAUGACACGGACACAUCGGUGCAAACAUCCACAGUCAGAGCUCACAGUAAAGAUGAGAAAGAGGAAGACUGCGGCCGGAAGGACGAGAGCUUCUCCAUGGACAGCGACCUGGACUACAGCUCCGACGACAACCUCACCUCCAUGUGUCACAAGGAGGACGGAGACGGCGGAGGAGGGAUGGACGAAGGCCCGCACCUGCACGGCUCCGCAGGCGGUGGCGGGUCUGGCGCGGGCGGCGGCGCGGGGAGCGGCGGCGGCGGGAAGAACCGGCGGCGGCGGACGGCGUUCACCAGCGAGCAGCUGCUGGAGCUGGAGAAGGAGUUCCACUGCAAGAAGUACCUGUCCUUAACCGAGCGCUCCCAGAUCGCGCAUGCGCUCAAGCUGAGCGAGGUGCAGGUGAAGAUCUGGUUCCAGAACCGCCGCGCCAAGUGGAAACGGGUCAAAGCCGGAAACGUCAACAAUAAGUCCGGGGAGCCGUCCCGGAACCCCAAAAUAGUGGUUCCGAUCCCGGUGCACGUGAGCCGCUUCGCGAUCAGGAGUCAGCACCAGCAAAUGGAGCAGGCCAGACCGUAGAAGAAGAAGAAGAAGAAGAAGAGGCCCGCGCGGAUGCUGAAAGACUCAGUUUACUGAGCGGAUGAUUUGAGACAGAAAACAUUCAAAUAUGUGACAAAAACGUCGGAAAUAUUCAAACCUGACAGUUAAAAACAAAACUGAACGAUAAAUGUGUCUAAAGAAGAAAAAACACGUUUUAUUUGUUUUAAAUGAAGAACCAGAAAAUAAUUUCCAAUCAUUCAUUUUUAUUUCUGAUUCUGGUCAUUUUGUUCCGCUGCGGCUGAAACUUGUUUUCUGAGAUUAAUUCAGAUUUCAGGAUAAUUUUUAAUGAAGCAGUUCCAGCCUCAACAUGUCUGCAGGAGAAGCCGCAAUUUUUACAUCAAACUUCUGCAGUGACGCUAAAAAAACUGCGUAAAAACGCGGAGCGGUGAAGAGGAAGAGGAGGAAGAGGAUGAAGAGAUGUUCUUCUCUGCGUGUAAAUACAUGACGGGACCAAACUGACUCAGAGCUUCGUGUGUGUUUCUGUUGUUUUGGACUAAAUGACGCUGCUAAUUUAUUUAUAGAAAAUGUGCAAAGUUACUGACAUUCCGUGAGAU